GCGCUGAUUAGCUACAGGGAGGCCGGGCGGCAUAAACCCUAGGAACCCCGCGGCUCUUCCCUCCCUCCCUCUCUCUCUCUCCCUCCCGACAGAGCACGGCGCGACCCGCCGACCGUGGGAAUGGCCGCGGAGACCGACGCGACGGCGCCCGGCGGGCUCGCGGGGGAGAUGGAGGUCGAGGCGUACCGCCGCCUCUUCCCCCUCGCGUUCCUCGAGCGCCACCUCCGCGAGUCCGUCCGGCCCGACGCCCGACGCCUCGCCGAAGCCCGCCCCACCACCGUCGCGCUCGGCGCCGUCUCCUCCGCGCACGGGUCCGCCCUCGUCCGCCUCGGCGACACCGCCAUGCUCGCGUCGAUCAAGCUCGAGGUGAUGUCGCCCCCCGCCGAGACCCCGGACCAAGGAUCAGUUGCUGUGGAGUUCCACAUGCCGCCUAUCUGCUCCCCGCUUGUAAGACCAGGACGGCCAGCGGAGGCUGCGCCGGUUAUCUCCAAGGCCCUGGAGGACGUCCUCAUGAGCUCUGGGAUGCUAAAUUUGAAGGAGCUCUGUUUGAUCAGUGGGAAGGCUUCGUGGGUAGCAUACUUGGAUGUCUAUUGUUUGAAUGCUGAUGGAUCUCUUUUCGAUGCUGCAUUGAUUUCAGUGGUGGCUGCAUUUACACAUUUGGAAAUUCCUCUGGUAUCUGUUGGUGACGAUGGUAGGGUGUUUACUGUUGGAGGCAAUGAAGGCAAAACCAAAUAUGAAUUGGUAAACAGAGAAAAAAGGAAGCUUACUCUUGGUGACAUUCCAUUUCCUCUCACAUGUGCACUCCACAAGGAUAGUAUUCUAGCGGACCCAACUGCUGAAGAAGAAUCGAUAAUAGAGACCUCUGUGACAGUUGUUCUAGAUUCUUCCGGCCGCUUAGCGUCAAUACAAAAACCUGGAGGUGGAGUGACGUCCAUGGCAGCUAUUAAGGCGUGCAUUGGCUUGGCGAAAGAAAGAGGACAAAAGUUGAAGGAAAUACUCACGGACUCCAUUGAAGCAAUGGAAGUCGACCAAGCUGAAUAAGUCGGUGCAAAUAGUGCUAAUUCAGUGGUUGUACUGCCACUGGUAGUGACAUAGAAAUUUUGUUGCUUUUAACUGUGGGAUUAUUUUUCUAGUGACGAAUGCAAGAUGUAACAAUCCGUACCCUGCAUAUGACUCGACGAUAUUAGCCGCAUUAUUUUUCCGAGUUUGUUUCCUGAUUUUUCUGGUAGCUAUUUUACAGAGUUUAAACUUCAUUUCUGGUA